CUGUUCUCUGAUGCAGGACCUUACCUGUUCCUCGGUCCAGCGCUGCGCAGUCCGCAGUCUCUGGUCAUCCCCUGUACUGUCUACAGUCUCUUGGUCAUCCUCUGUACUGUCUGCAGUCUCUUGGUCAUCCCCUGUACUGUCUGCAGUCUCUUGGUCAUCCCCUGUACUGUGUCCGCAGUCUCUGGUCAUCUCCUGUCUGUGUCCGCAGUCUCUGGUCAUCUCCUGUACUGUGUCCGCAGUCUCUGGUCUCUCCUGUACUGUGUCCGCAGUCUCUGGUCAUCUCCUGUACUGUGUCCGCAGUCUCUGGUCAUCUCCUGUACUGUGUCCGCAGUCUCUGGUCAUCUCCUGUACUGUGUCCGCAGUCUCUGGUCAUCUCCUGUACUGUGUCCGCAGUCUCUGGUCAUCCCCU